AUGGUGAAGCGAGGUCAUAACUCGCUAGACGAGACGUCACAGGGCUCUCGUGGGCCGAAACAGCAGCGCUUGAUGACGACAACAAAUGGAGCCCAAGAUGGGACGGCGGGGGUCUCGACUCUUCCGGCUAUUUCUCCUUCAGCGCAUCAUCCGGCCCCAGCCAACACCGCCGCCGGAAUCAUUGAAAACCAAGGCUCCAUAAGCAAUCCCAUCGACCUCACAAAAUCCCCAAGUCCUCCGCCCUGUCUGCCAGACGGACCGAUCGACUCGUCGAUACAGAUAAGCCAGGCCACCAGCACCAUCCCUAGCGCUGGCCGUAAACCCUUUCGUCAACGUGCCGUCGCCACAUUCAACCGCGUGAGAAUGAACGCAGCACAAACCACCCAGAUUGAAAAUGACCGGCGGACGGCCGAGGUUUUGCAGCAACGGUUGUAUGCCGAGAAUGAAGUCUCCCCGGGUCAAGAUCAGUCUAUCCAGCCCCCUCGAGCUCCCAGGGUAUUCGUUCCCGCCGAUCCGCUGGUUGAUUUUCGAAAUCGACUUCGUCUCUGCCGAUGCACUCGGUGUCGGACGGCUAUCACCAUCAAGGGUGCCACUCUCAUUCAAAGGACCGGGGAGAUGCUGAAACAAAGUCGCACGGGCUAUGGCGACAACGACUGGGAUUGGAAACAGCAGAUGAAUCUUGCUAAACCCCAGGCCUGGAAAAAUGCCAAUGACGAAACAGGCGACUUGACACUCUAUUUCCAGGCCCUGUCGUUGCUUUUGCCCUCUCCUAGCAAGGAGGCACCGACGCCCUUCGAUCGAGAGCCCCAACCGCUAAUCUCAGAAAUGAUUCAGAGAAGCCCAAUCAUGGCACGCGCCUCUGAAUUGCUGAGACAUGGCGCGAUCGAAGAGAUCAACCAGCGCUGUCGCCCGAUCGCGGUGGUUCUCGACUUUAUGGAAGCCCUCGCCGGUCACGAGAGUACUUGUUCACUCCUGUUUCACCCGAGGAUCCUUUACCCAGCGGUGGAACAGCUUCCUCAAAUUGUUCUUACCGGUUCCAGGACGCAGAAGCUACAGAGUACCGGGGCCAGCAAAUACGAAACGUCGGAAUCUCUGGCCGCCGUUGCCGAGCAGCUGGCGAUCCCAGCCCGCAAGUUUGUGGAAGCAUCGCGCCGAGUCGGAAGUCUCGAUGCAGAAUAUGAGAAGGGGGAAUCGCUUAUAGUUCUAAAGAGGAUCUGCAGCAUCGCCGACAGCCUUGGGGAUCUUCGUGCCCAACUAGCGAUUAGCACCCCCCAGAAGUCUUCUUCGCCGCCGCCGCCUUGCCGCCCAACAGCCAAUGUCAUGACGCGCAGUGCACGCGCUAAUGCCGCCAAAGAAGCUGAAAUCAAGGCCCUCAAGGUGGCCUCGAACACGUCAUCCGAGUGGCACCGCGAAAACUGUCUCAAGGGGGUUUCGGACGACAUAAUGCUAAAUAGCUUCCACUUUGCCGCCGCCGCAAAGAAGGCAGGGGAAUCAAAGCCAGCGGCAGGCCGGAUGAGAAAGCUCCUGGCGCAGGUGUUAUCCCUGAGUACCGACUUGCCUGAUGGCAUCUACGUCCGGCACGGUGAAAGCCGCAUGGACGUGAUGAAGGUCUUGGUCGUUGGCCCACCUGACACGCCUUACGAGCACGGCCUGUUUGAAUUUGACUUGUUCUGUGGCCCCGAGUUUCCGAAACGCCCACCUGAAAUGUUCUUCCGGACAACAGGUGGCGGCACGGCGCGGUUCAACCCCAACCUGUACGUGAAUGGGAAGAGAACCUGGCGGGGCCAGCCGUGGGAUCCGAACCGGUCGACCCUGUUGCAGCUUUUGGUUUCAAUCCAGGCCAUGAUCUUCAAUGACCUGCCCUAUUACAAUGAGCCGGGCUACGAGCUGCGUAGUGACCACGCUGCUGCCCAAGCGUACAACAGGACUGUCGAGCGUUUAACAGUCCAGUACGCCAUCAUACCUUGGCUCGCCAACCGCCUGGUCGCCUCAAUCAAACCCGCCCAAACAACGGACGCAUCUCCGGCAAACAAGCAGGUACAUGGCAACCCUACGGGCGCAACGGUAAACCAAUCCCAGACAAAUCAGCCGCCGCCCUUGGCCGCAGUCACACACUCCGCCGCCGGUAUGAACCUAGGGGAGUACGAUGUGCCUGCGUCUGGGGACGCGGAGCAUGACGUAUCGGCCCCCGUGGUGCCUCCAGCAACCCCGGGUUCUCAGCCGGCUCCUGGCGGUGAUGACCCUAUCUUUGGCGCCGUUGCCCGCGAGCACUUCAGAGCCAAGGCUAGCGCAAUCGUUACAACGGUGCAAAAGUGGGAAAAGCUGUCUACAACCGGCGCGGGGAUGUUGGUCCCCAUGACCCAGGGCCUCGAGAACCUGCUGGAUCGGCAUGGACUUGGCUGGGGGCGAUUCCCGACACACGGUCGGCAUUUGAGCAGUUCCAAGAGAAGUGGAAGGCAUAUACGGCAAAACUCUGGUCCCCCGAAACUCCACACCUCGAAAUCCCCCCUUCAGCCGGAAGGCCAGGUGCACCACGGCCCCUGGCUUCAUCCCUCCCACGAUCCAUUCGCCGUGUCCCCCCAAGUCCCAUCCGCGCAGCAACCCGAGCUUCUUCCCGCGCCCCUGAUUGUCCCGACGCCACAACCGCCACCUGGGUAUCAGUUUCAGGCUCAUCCGUCAUUCCAGGCUGCCCAAGCAGAAAACGCCCAGAGAUAUGGGCCGGUGCAGUCGCCACCACCGCAACUACCCCCACAGCCGAAGUUCGAGCCCAUGGAUUUUGGUCCCACCGGGCCAGAGGACACCGCCACCGCGCCAGAGGCUGUCGGGCCAGAGUACAUGUGGUUAGAGGAUACCGGGGUUGAUGACCCGGGAGAGUACCUGUGGGUAGAGGAGACCGGGGCAGAGGACCUCGGGACACAGUAG